GAUGCGGUGGGCAUGGGUCUCGAGGCCUAUACCAGUCGUAAGCCAGCUUCGUCAAAACUUGUUUGAGAUCCACAACCAGCAAAACCAGGUGUUUGAGAGCGUUUCCAGCUGUACUGGUCAUGCCAGGUACUGCACACAUGGCCUCGACGGAGAAGUCUGCUCUCCGUCAAAGCUACACUACCUUUUUCUUUUGCUCUGUUUGGUCAAUGUCUUCGCAGGAGACAGUAUUUGCAAAGCUUGAAGUCUUUUUCUUGCCCAAGUUCUUGAAAAAAGUAUCCCAACGCCAAAAAAACACAACUUUCGUGCUUUCUUUUCUGUUCUUCUCUUUGUUUGCAUCUCAUUGUUAUGACCUCUGCACGCCUGAUAUCGACGACGUAGCCACACUCAUUUAUGAUAAUCGACGAUGUUAUUCAAAUAUUCAAACUCGUGGGACACGAUUCAGGUCUGGAUUUGGCGUUUUGGUUGCUUGGGAUACGUUGACGACGAGGUUCUUUGCUUUGCGAUACGUUGUUGUUCCGUGAGGACUUGGAUACGCCAAUGUUGGCUGGUUGCGGGCAACGGUGUGAGCAAAGUUGGUCGUUGACCUCGCUCGCGUUGUGAGGUCGUUGAGGAAGAGCAAGAGCUUAGCUGGAUGCCAAUAGGGAGAUCAUGCACUAGUGGUCAUUAGCGAAAGAACGUUCAUUAAAAGGCUUGAGGCAA